GAGCUGCUGGUCCUCCCAGGCGAGCAGGAAACCGCCUGACAAUGUCGCUUGGCAGUGACGUCAUCUCUCCUAACAUCUCAUUCACAGACGCGGCGCUGUCCAACUGCAGCCCGCCGGCCGUCGCCGACUUCCCGUGGGACGGCCUGACGCGCGCACAGCGCCAGCAGGGGUACGCCGCGCUGCACGCCGUGGCAGCCGCCUACCUGUUCGGCACGAUGGCCGUCAUCUGCCACAAAUAUUUCGUGCCAAGUGUACACCUGAUUGCAAAACGGCUGGGUGUGUCUGAUGAUGUAGCUGGUGCGACUGCCAUGGCUGCAGCCACGUCGAGCCCUGAACUGUUUGUGAGCUCUGUGGCAACCUUCACCAGUGACACAGAAGCUGACACAGCACUAGGAACAAUCAUUGGCUCAGCAGUAUUCAAUGUCUUAGCUGUUCCAGCAGCAUGUGGCCUUUUCUCAGCAGGAAAGGUAAUUGAACUCAAUAUAUGGCCAAUUACAAGAGAAGUUGUAGCAUAUGCAUUCUCAAUCAUCACACUUUUAGCAAUUCUUGCUGAUCGUCAUGUUCGGUGGUAUGAAUCAUUGUUUAUGGUCUGUUUUUAUUUUUCAUAUAUUUCAGGUCUGUGCUGCAUUGGAAGGAAAAUUAGUUGCUGCAACACAAAGCCAAGCAGAUCACUCUAUGAUGGCAUAGAUGAUUCUGCCUCUGAGACAGACACACUUUGUGGUGCAGAGCAAGAGACAGUUGAAUCAGCAACUGCAGAAGACAUAACGCUGAACAAAGAAAUAGCCCCAUGUGGAAGAGUAUGUAACUUCAUCAUGAAACCAGCGCAAAUAAUUCUGUUUUUGACAAUUCCCAACUGCCAGCAAAAACAUUUGGAAAGAUUCUAUCCCAUCACAUUUAUUAUGUGUAUUGCAUGGCUUGCUGUUACUUCAUACCUUGCUACAUGGAUGAUUACUGUCAUAGGAGACACAAUCAACAUACCAGAUUCCAUUGUGGGGCUGACGCUACUAGCUAUUGGUACUAGUCUUCCAGAAGCAAUUUCAAGCAUCAUUGUUACAAGACAAGGACGAGGAGCAAUGGGCAUCACUAAUGCAGUAGGAUCCAACACAUUCAACAUCCUUCUUUGCCUGGGACUUCCUUGGCUGCUGAAAACUACAGUGUUGACUGGUGGGAAUGGAGCCCACCAGGUUAACAUCAGCUCUGGCGGGCUACUUUACAGUGCAGUUUCCCUUCUUGUGACAUUGUUGAUGUUCUACAUAUGUCUUGCAUGUUUUGAUUUCCAGCUUUGUUCAGUAUUUGGUACAAUACUUCUUAUCUUUUAUAUUGUGUUUCUAGUUCUUGCAUCUCUCGUAGAGCUUAAUAUUUUCUUUCCAGUUAACCUACCUGUUUGUGACAGGUGAAAUAAUAUCGUGUCAGACUCUCUUUCAAUGUAUAAAAUAAAGUAAAAACAUUGCAUAAUGUCAAUGAAGUAAAAUGAUAUGGCAGCAGAAUGGUCCUGACAGUACUUAUAAGACACAAUAAUUAAUGUCAACAUGGGAAAAAGCAUGGAAAUACUUCAUUCAUGAGACUGAACACACUUAUAACAAUCAAAGCUUGUAACAAGCACAAUAACCACUGUUAUGUAUUACAUAGAGCAGUAGCCAUUUUACACCUUUUGUAAGCUAUGUGUGGACUAAUAACAAUAAUCUUGUGAGUGUUCAUCUCAACCAUAUGUUUAUUCUUUCACUCAGUUAUUCAUUCACACAUUGUGAUCCACAAAAACCAUUAUGAUAGAUAAGUUUCUGUGAUAGCACAUGAGUCAAAACAUUUAUUAUCAGAAAGAUGCAGCUAUGACGAAUUGCAUUGUGUGUGCUUUAAAUAUCAACUAUGCAACUAUGAUGAAAUGCAUUGUGUGUGCUUUAAAUAUCAACUAACAUCAGAGGUGGGCAGCAUUUAUUAUUUACGGGUAUUUGCCACAUACUUCACAGACUGAUUUCAUUACUCAAUUUUCUGCAGUGUAAGAUUCAUUAUGGUGUCUUUCCUCAUUUUUAAUCACGCAGUCUUGUUUCCUAUAUUAUAUUUUAUAGUUAAAUCUGAUUUUCUAUGAAGUCAGCCUAUUUUACUAUCCAAUUUGUUUUUCAACCAUCAAGUUUCUGGCAUAUAAAGUAAUUUUUAUUGUUUA